AUGGCGGCAAACAACAAGCCCACUUCGGUAGCUAAGGACCUCUUCGAGGAUAUGGGUCGUCAGGUCGAGGGCAUGAAGUCCUCGACUGAAGACGGCGAUGACCAGAGAGUCGUCGACGAGAUUGAGAGUUUGUGCAUGAACUGCCACGCCGACCUGACUCUCUUCCAGGGCAUGACCCGCCUACUCCUCACCCGCAUCCCUUAUUUCCGCGAAAUCGUCCUCUCAUCCUUCUACUGCCCCCACUGCAGCUUCAAGAACACCGAGAUCUCAUCUGCCGGCCAAAUCCAGGAACGCGGCUCAAAAUACGUCUUCAAGGUCGAAAACGCCGACGAUUUUCAAAGAUCCGUCGUCAAGGGCGAUGGCUGCGCUUUCAGAAUCGAAGACAUUGAUCUCGAGAUCCCUCAGGGAAGAGGUCAAAUGACAAACAUCGAGGGUAUUCUCGCCGGUGUCAAGGAGGACCUUUCGCAAAACCAGGAAGCCAGAAUGGAGCAAAUGCCCGAAGCUGGCGCGAAAGUCGCCGAGAUCAUCCAGGCGCUUGGUGAUAUGUUGGAUGGAAACAGAUACCCCUUUACCGUCUCCGCUGAAGACCCCACCGGAAACUCAUUCAUCCAACCCUCUCCCACCGACGCCCGCCAUAAAUACACCCGCACCGAAUUCGACAGAACACCCGAACAAAACGCCGCUCUCGGACUUGGAGAAGAGGCAGCACCUGUUGACGGCCAAGACGCACCCGCCACAGAAAUCAGACCCGAAUACCGCGCUGCCGAUGGUCUGGUAGGCGGUGAUGCCCCCCGCACAGUCACGACCAACAACGUCGACGACGAAGACAUUCGCGAAAACGAAGUCUACUCCUUCCCAGCAAGUUGUCCAGGUUGCACGCGCCACUGCACCACAAACAUGAAAAUGGUAAACAUUCCCUUCUUCAAGCAAGUCGUCCUCAUGAGCACCGUAUGCGAACACUGCGGCUACCGCAGCAACGAAGUCAAAACCGGUGGCGAGGUGCCCGAGAAGGGCUCCCGCAUCACGCUUUCCGUAAACACACCCGAGGACUUGGCCAGAGAUGUCCUCAAGUCCGAAUCAGCAGCUCUGCAUUGUCCAGAGUUGGGUCUCCGCGUGGAGCCCGGCACCCAAGGUGGCCGCUUCACCACCGUCGAAGGCCUGCUCACAAACUUCCGCAAGGACCUGCGCGCCCAAGCUUUCGGACUCGAAAACGGCGACGAUGAGCAGGAACUCCGUGCAGCUGCAGACUCCAUGCAAAGCGAUACCAAACGCACCUGGGAAGAAUUCUUCGCCUCUUUGGGGGAAGCCAUUGAGGGCAAGAGACCUUUUACGGUGGUCAUUGAAGAUCCGCUGGCUUCCUCGUAUGUGCAGAGUUAUACUGCUCCUGCGCCAGACCCGCAGAUCAAGGUUGAAGAGUACGAGAGGACUGCUGAGGAAGAAGAGGAUUUGGGAUUGAAGGAUAUCAACACUGAGGAUUAUGGAUACACGCAGCAGAGUGAGGAGAAGACUGAGGAGACUACCACCACCGAAUGA